AACCGAUAGUCCAAGUUGGCGUGGACACCGUACAGUUUACAGCUCAGCAACCACAAUCUUGCCACGUGUGUCACAUGGGCCGCUUCUUUGCUUAAGAGAGCCAACCCCAUAGCCGAGAGGUUCCUGCCUCCUUUUCCGGGAGGAGUGGUCCAUUGGACAAGGAAGAAGACAAAACGCAGCUCUCUUUUCCUGCUUCUUUCUUCUCCGCCCCUCCCUUUCAAAACCCUAAAGAGUUUCAAUUUCUCAAAUCUCAACCCCUAAUCGAAGGCUAAUCCCAAACCAUGAAUAAGCAAGAUCAACCGCAGGGAACCCCCAUGAAAACGAUCCCACCUUACGUGAAAGCCUUAUCCGGCUCGCUCGGUGGAGUCGUGGAGGCUUCUUGUCUGCAGCCCAUUGACGUCAUCAAAACCAGGCUACAGCUCGACCGCUCUGGGACCUACAAGGGGAUUAUCCACUGCGGUACCACGAUUGUGCGCACCGAAGGUGUGCGGGCUCUCUGGAAGGGCUUGACCCCGUUCGCCACGCACCUGACCCUCAAGUAUGCGCUUCGGAUGGGCUCCAAUGCUGUGCUCCAGUCCGCGUUUAAGGACUCCGAGACGGGAAAGCUCAGCAACCGUGGGCGGCUACUCUCCGGGUUUGGUGCUGGGGUUCUUGAGGCUCUUGUUAUUGUUACGCCAUUUGAGGUGGUCAAAAUUAGAUUGCAGCAACAGAGAGGUUUGAGUCCCGAGCUUCUGAAGUAUAAGGGUCCUUUGCACUGUGCUCGCAUGAUCAUCCGAGAAGAAGGGUUCCUUGGGCUCUGGGCAGGUGCUGCUCCGACUGUCAUGCGAAAUGGGACUAACCAGGCUGCCAUGUUUACGGCCAAAAAUGCAUUUGAUGUACUCUUGUGGAAAAAACAUGAAGGUGAUGGGAAAGUCCUCCUACCAUGGCAGUCUAUGAUAUCGGGAUUUCUUGCGGGUACUGCAGGUCCUGUCUGCACCGGACCAUUUGAUGUUGUGAAAACAAGGCUGAUGGCCCAGAGCAAGGUUGGGGGUGGGGUGAAGUACAAAGGUAUGAUCCAUGCCAUCAGAACCAUAUAUGCAGAGGAAGGGCUUCGUGCGUUGUGGAAAGGACUUUUGCCCCGGCUCAUGAGGAUUCCUCCUGGCCAGGCUAUAAUGUGGACUGUGGCUGACCAAGUGAUUGGUUUUUAUGAGGGUAGAUAUAUCCGCAGAGCACAUUUGUAGUUAUCAUUCACGUUAUUUUGCUCGUACUAGUUUUCAAUUCCGUUGCAGGCAUGGAAUUUUGGAUAGUUGCUUUCGACAAAUUUUAGUUCUUACGGUCAACGCCAGUUUCAAACUUAAAUCAAUAAUUGGGGACGAGAGUGAACAAUCCCUCACUCCGGAAA